AUGUCUUUAGCUAUCAUCCAUUUCUACAAACCUAUCCGAUUACAAUUUGGCCGUUCUAUGCGGGAGCAGCCAGAUAUUCACGCCCGAUUGAUGUCCCAAUACCCCCAAGGUAUUGUGUUUUUCCAUUCCGUCACCGUCCUUCUGUUGAUGGCACGCUCAAACCUAUGGCCGUCAGGCAUGACUAUUUGGGCGCUUGUCGUUGCCUUACUUAUUUCUGUUGUCUAUGUCGUCCCGAUUGGGAUGAUUCAGGCCGUUACUAACCGGCAGGUUGGGCUAAAUGUCAUAACGGAGCUCAUCGUCGGCUUUAUGAUCCCUGGGAAACCGAACGCGAUGAUGAUAUUUAAGACCUAUGGUUAUAUCACAAUGGCUCAAGCUAUGCAAUUCACUGCCGAUUUCAAAUUGGGACACUAUAUGAAGGUACCACCGCGACCCAUGUUUUGGUGUCAGAUCGUUGCGACUGUUAUUGCUGGAACGGUUCAGUUGGGUGUCCAGUCGUGGAUGUUCAGCAAUAUUGAAGAUAUUUGCACAUCGACUCAGAAAAACAACUUUACUUGUGCUUCAACACAGGUCUUUAGCACGGCAUCUGUCAUCGUAAGCUUUGCAUCCACAUGA